GCUUUAAAAUUAUUACCACUAGCACGCCGUUAGAUAUUGACGGUAUACUUAUCAUGAAGGCAGCCGUACAAAUUUGUUUGCUUUUUGCAUUCUUUACCAUCACUUAUGCGGCAAGUUCGACUUGGGGUGUACGUAAUGCCACUGCAGAUGUGCCAAUAGUUUCAAGAAACGUAUUCUUACCAGCCAAAAAUGUCAGUCAGACUGUUUACUUUGAUAUACCCGAGACGAAUCAAAGCAACAGCAAAGUGAUCAGCGUUAUUUACUUGCAAGAUCAAUUUAAAAACAGCUCUGGCCCGACGAAUUUCUUAUAUUAUGGCGGUCCCGGCUGGACUUUUGCAUCUGUACAAAUGAAAACAAUAGCUAAUUAUGGUCUUAAUGUUACCUUUGUUGUUUAUGGUAUAUAAACUAAUAUGACAAAUAAAAAGAAAUUGUUUGUUUAAAAAAAAA